GUGAGCGAGAGAGAGAGAGAAACCUCCUGGUUGCAGCUAAUUUUGCCUUUUGUGAAGCCUCCAAGGGAGCGCAGGAGUGCGGCCACACUCAAGAUGAAUCCCUGCGAGCUGUGCGCGCCACCUCAAGCGGAGCACUGCUGUUGAGAUGGAGACAACGGUGCUUUGGCUCUGCCUGGGUCUAGCCUUUCUAGGAAGAGGAUGGGGAAGCCACACUGGAAUGUCUCAUGGGGUUUGCAAACUGGGGCAUGGAGCUGCGGCUUGCAAUGGGAGGGAGCUGAAGCUGGUCCCAGCAGACCUCCCAGCUAACACAAAGGAGCUUUUCCUAGAUGACAACACUAUACAGAUGCUAAAAAAUGCCUCUCUGCUGCAGUACAGGCAGCUGGGGAACCUCGGCCUGUCUGGAAACACACUGAAGCUUAUUGAAUCUGGAGCCUUCCUAAACAACAGAGGCCUCCAAGUUCUCUCCUUGGCGGAUAAUGCUCUCUUUACCAACUACUCUGUGACAGCAGCUGCUCUUUGGUCCUUACCAGCUCUGAGGAAACUGGACUUGUCUGGGAACCAACUCACUGAAGACAUGAUGGCUACCCUCAUCCAGAAUCUGUCUUCCUUGGAGUCCUUGUCUGUGGCUAGGAAUGUCAUCAUGAGGCUGGAUUCUUUUAUCUUUGAGAGGCUGAGCCAGCUGCAGGAGCUGAACCUGGAGAAGAACUACAUCUUUGAGAUAGAGAGUGGCACCUUUGAAGGCCUACGGAGACUGGAGAGGCUCAGUCUGGCCUACAACUACCUUCCCUGCAUUGUGGAGUUUGACCUGACCCAGCUGAAGAUGCUGAAUGCCAGCAAUAAUAUCAUUGAGUGGUUCCUGGCUGUAGAGAGUGAUGCUCUAUUUGAGCUGGAGACAUUAGACCUCUCCCAUAACCGGCUCCUCUUCUUCCCAUUGUUGCCCAGGCAAAGCAAACUGAGCUCCCUGCUGCUGAUGGACAAUGAGAUGUGCUUUUAUAGACAUCUUCCCAAUGCCACAUACCCUCCAAAUGUCACUGUGCAGUUCCUUCUCAUAGAUGGCAAUAUCACUAACAUCACUACGCUCAGCCUCUGGGAUGAGGUCAUCCACAGCAACCUCUCCUCCUUGAGGUUCCUAGACAUGAGCCAGAACCAGUUCUGGUAUCUGCCCGAAGGGUUUCUGGCAGGUAUGACUUCCCUGUCUUAUCUGAAGCUCAAUCAGAACUGCUUGCAGACCUUUCAUAUAUGGGAGGAAGAACCUCCAGGCAUGCUUAUUGAACUGGACCUCAGUCAGAACCAGCUCUUGGAGCUACAGGUAGAUCUAGGUUCUGAAGGCAUACUGCCAAAUCUCAGAUUAUUUAACUUGAGUGCCAAUGGGCUACAGAAAGUACCUGCUAAACUCUUUGCCCACACACCAAAGAUCACUACAGUGGACCUAAGUCACAACCGGAUAGAUAUUUGUCCCCAGCAAGCUAAUGCAGAUGGUAGUAAGUACUCUGUCUGCAUAGACUUCAGGAAUAUUAUGACCCUGAAACAACUUUAUUUGGCUGGAUGUGGCCUAGAUGUGGUGGAUGGCCAUGCUUUUAGUGGAACCUCGCUAACACACUUAGAUCUCUCUAACAAUCAGAGAGCCCUGUCCAGGAGCCUGAGGCCUCUGCAAGAUAUUGCACUAACACUCCAAGUUGUCUCUCUCAGGAAUGCUAGCUUAUCCUGUGCAACAGCAGAUAUGGACUUCUCUAGCUUUCAGAACCUGUUAAGUUUGGACUUGUCUGAAAACUCCCUGGACAGCUUCCCAGAGUCCUUGGGUAGUCUGAAGCUGCACACCUUGAACCUCCGGAGAAACCUUCUCACCUCCCUGUCACAGGAUGCCAUGCAGAAGCAGCUCGGAAAGAGUCUUGACAUGCUCUACCUCAGCCAGAACCCAUACAACUGCUGCAAGCUGGAAUGGUGGGACUUCUUGCACACUCUCCAAACAGUGCACAUUGUAGACAGGGUGGAUGUCACCUGUCUGUACUCCUCCAGAACGCUUCAUGCAGCAGAGCUGCCCGAGUCUGUCCUUCAGGGCUGCAGGUGGAUGACAGUGAAUUUGGCUUUGUUGUACCUGGUGCUUGCUCUUCCCAUUUGCUUGACCUUGCUUGUUGCCUUUGCUAUCCUGUUCCUUACUUUCAAGCAAAAGCUGCUUCAGAUGGUGAAAAGCCGGUACAGGGUGUCCAGCCCCUACUGAUGGCUAUGGGGAAAGUAGUAGGCAUUGGCACCCAGAAUGAAGGUGGGAUGGCAUGUCUGAGACCUUUCUUAAGCAGUCAAGUCCUUAGGUGAUGAAGUGAGUGGGGGCAAGGUGGGUGCUUUGGUGGGAGAGGAUAAGUAACCCUCUCUUGGGCAUUCUCAGUGCUGCAUUUCAGGAGCACAGUGCCCUGGGGUUCGUUCUCCCAUUGUGUUGGGUAGGGCUGGGGCAUCCUGUCAAGCACGACAAUGGAAGCUCUCAGAGUCGGAAUCCAUGAGCAGAGGGCUGAAUACAGCGAGUCAGAAGGACUGGUAACCCAGGAAUAGAAUAAGCAAUGCAUAUCUUCAAAGACUGGGAAUACAUGUAACUGGCAGGGGAAUUUGGAAGAGAAGAGAGAGUCAUGCUGAAGAAGGUCUGAAUAAAAAAAUGAAGAAGAACAAAUAUGAAGAAAAAUAAAUGAGGCAACAGUAAAGUGGGAGGUGUUAGAAAUGAGGCCUGAUGAGCAGCCUCACAGCAGGUGAGAGCUAUUGCUAUUUACUAGAGAGUAGCUUUACCUGGGACAAUGGAAGAGAGAUGAGAGAUAACAUAGCCCUGUGGAAUAUAAAGUGAAAAGGCAUUUGUACAUGCUAGAAAUAUAAGCUUGGCGAAGCUGCAGGUCCUGAGCCGGGACCUAGCAGGGUGUGAUUUCUUCUCAACAGUGGUCAAUUCCACAUCACAGUUACUUGAAUUUAUGUUGAAAUUGAACACUCAGUCAAUCAGAGGUCAUGGGUGAUGUGCCCACCACUCACCCACCACUAUUUCAGUGGGGCAUGAUACAUUGAUUCAUUGCUGUAUUAGGUGGGGAAAUGCAUGGUUUUCUCAGCUAUACAGAGUAUUUUACAGUUAUUUAAUCACCUGAACUCUGAUUGG